AUGUCGGCACGCAUGCGCAACAAGUUACAUAGUGACUUUGGCUUCAAGUUAACAUUGCUACCGUCAGUGUGGCUGUUGCUGUUUGUACAACUCGCAGUACAAUUGGCUAAUACAGUUGCUGCCAAAGAUUUGCCGUCAACUUUUGACAAGUGCAAACGCGAUGCGAACUUUGACAAAUGCCUUGUAGAUGCUGUGAACAAUGCGAUCUUGCUGCUCAAGGAUGGCAACAAGGAGUUCGGCAUACCACCACUAGAACCACUCGCUGUUAAAUCGCUGGUCAUCGACUCCGGCAAUGCACCAAUUACGCUAAAGCAAACGAUGAAAAAUUUGCUAGUGCAUGACAUGAUCUCUACCAGCAAAGUACAACGCUAUCGCACUGAUCUAAAUAAUCAUCUGAUUAUUUGCGACAGUAAAACCGAUCGUAUUGAAAUGGUGGGCGAUUAUGAAAUGUCAGGCCGCAUACUACUAUUACCUAUAACGGGUAAUGGCAAAGCGAAUUUGACAUUAAUCAACACUCGCAUCGAACAUCGUCUCAUUGGUGAACCCUUCAUGCGCGAUGGCGUCAAAUAUAUGCGUUUGAAAGAGUAUCGUGUCGAUUUGAAUCCAAAACGUGUUUAUAUGCAAUUUGAUAAUCUCUUCAAUGAUCGUUUACUCUCACAAACAAUGAAUCGUUUUUUGAACGAUAAUUGGGAGACGGUAUUCAAUGAGCUAAAAGUUGGCUAUGCGGGUAGUUUUGGUAAAAUUUUCCGUGAUAUAUCGAAUAAGUUAUUUGAGGAGAUACCUUUCGAUUCAAUAUUCCUGAGUUCUUGAAACCGUGGCGCACUAAAGUAAGAAUGCAGCUAAAAAACAAUAGCUGGGUAUUUUGCUUUAAAUAUUUAAUAAAGCUUCUGCAGAUUUUACUAUAAGAAUGUGAGUGAGAACGUUAAAUUGAGUUAUUUUUGAAUUUAUUAUGUGUAGUUAUUUAUAAGUGUAUAAAUUAAAGAAAUA